UGGAUGAUCCGGGUGCUGUAGGUUAAGCGGUCUACGAACGGACGUUCUGAGAAAAUGCAGUCCUGGACACAGCUUUACCGCACCCUGGCCACGCGAGGUCAGCACCUGCCUUGCAAACUCCAUGGAGCAACGGCCGUAUCAGUGAGAACAUAUGCUGACAAGGCAGCAAUUGAUGCUGAUGUCACAGUGGUUGGGUCUGGACCUGGAGGUUAUGUUGCUGCCAUUAAAGCAGCACAGUUGGGAUUUAAGACGGUAUGUGUUGAAAAGAAUGCCACUCUCGGUGGAACCUGUUUGAAUGUUGGCUGCAUCCCUUCAAAGGCUUUAUUGAACAACUCUUAUCUGUAUCACCUCGCACAUGGAAAGGACUUUGAAAACAGAGGCAUUGAAAUCAAGGGGAUCUCGCUGAACCUGGAAAAGAUGAUGGCGCAGAAGAGUGGUGCAGUAAAGGCCCUGACCGGAGGCAUUGCACACUUAUUCAAACAAAACAAAGUGACACAUGUGAACGGAUUUGGAAAAAUAACGGGUAAGAACCAGGUCACUGCCAAGACCAGCGAUGGUGGUGAACAGGUUAUCAACACUAAGAACAUCCUGAUCGCCACUGGCUCUGAGGUCACUCCUUUCCCAGGAAUUGAGAUUGAUGAGGAGACUGUGGUGUCCUCCACUGGUGCACUGUCACUCAAGAAGGUUCCUGAACAGUUGAUAGUGAUUGGAGCUGGAGUGAUCGGUGUGGAGCUGGGUUCAGUGUGGCAGAGACUGGGCGCUAACGUCACAGCUGUGGAGUUCCUGGGCCAUGUUGGUGGGAUGGGCAUUGACAUGGAAAUCUCCAAGAACUUCCAGCGCAUUCUCCAAAAACAGGGCCUUAAGUUCAAAUUGAGCACCAAGGUCAUGGCUGCUACCAAGAGGCCUGAUGGAAAGAUUGAUGUUGCUGUGGAGGCAGCAGCGGGGGGUAAAAACGAUACCCUGACUUGUGACGUUUUGCUGGUCUGUAUCGGCCGUCGACCCUUCACCAGCAGCCUGGGCCUGGAGUCAGUUGGCGUUGAACUGGACAAUCGUGGCAGAAUCCCAGUCAACAAUCGCUUCCAGACUAAAGUGCCCAAUAUCUAUGCCAUUGGUGAUGUGGUAGCUGGACCCAUGCUGGCCCAUAAAGCUGAGGAUGAGGGGAUCAUCUGUGUAGAGGGCAUGGCAGGAGGAGCUGUACACAUCGACUACAACUGUGUCCCAUCUGUCAUUUACACACACCCUGAGGUUGCCUGGGUGGGCAAGACUGAGGAGCAGCUCAAAGAGGAGGGAGUGCCAUACAAAGUGGGGAAGUUCCCGUUUGCAGCCAACAGCCGAGCGAAGACCAACGCUGACACAGACGGCCUGGUGAAGAUCCUCAGUCACAAAGACACAGACAGAAUGCUGGGAGCCCACAUUCUGGGCACGGGGGCAGGAGAGAUGAUUAAUGAAGCAGCUCUGGCCAUGGAAUAUGGAGCCUCCUGUGAGGAUGUGGCUAGAGUGUGCCAUGCUCAUCCAACGGUGUCUGAGGCUUUCAGGGAAGCUAAUCUCGCAGCCUCAUUCGGAAAAGCUAUCAACUUCUAGAGCAUCAGUGGAGCGGCGUAUGUAUCUACCAGCAGUGUCACUGUUUCAGAACUGUUUCUGUCCCCACACUCGAGUUCCUCAGUCCUGGGCUUUCUGGAGAAAACCCUCAUGCAUACAUUAAACUCGUUAAAAA